AUGGCUCUCGGACGAUUGUUCCACUACGCAUUCGAUGCAGUUUUGGUGUCUACGGUCCUUGCGGGGGUGAAGAAGACGAGCGGGUUUAGCCUCGACAUCGACCAACUAACUACAAACCCCACCGCCAAAUCCGCCGCCGAGUCGUAUCUCGGUCUCGGAGAGUCGGUGUAUGGGAUCAUACAGUCGACUGUGGUGAAUAAUGGGUAUUUUGCGAAGAAGGAGUAG